UCAGCGCUGUGCCUGCCUGUCACGUGACUCAUAGUGAGUUGGUGCUGUGGCUUGAAGGAAACUGAUCACCGUUUAGCCACGGAGCGCUGCGCUUUCCUGCCUGUCCCUCUCUGAGCGAUGGCCUCACCAGUCUCAGGCUACAACUCUAGCACUUUGGACUCUCACAUCUCUACUACCACCAGAGAUUCUCUAAAGAUGGACUUUUCCUUAGAUGUGUCUCUGCUACCAGGAGAGGACACAGUUACAGGACUAGACAUCCUUUACAUUUGUCCGUUCAGCGGGGCAUUGAAGGGAAAAAUUUUGCUCACUAACUACAGACUCUACUUCAAGAGCUCCGAUGAUAUAACGAUGACACUGGACGUUCCUCUAGGAACUGUCAGUCGAGUGGAGAAGAUGGGCGGAGCUUCAAGCAGAGGAGAAAACUCUUAUGGCCUGGAUAUCACCUGCAAGGACAUGAGAAACCUGAGGUUUGCCCUGAAACAGGAAGGCCACAGUAGAAGAGGGAUCUUUGACUUGCUCUUCAGACAUGCCUUUCCUCUCUCUCAUGGUCUGCCUCUGUUUGCUUACGUAACUCAGGAGAAGUAUGCUGAAAGUGGCUGGAACAUCUACAAACCUGUAGAGGAGUUCAGACGUCAGGGUUUACCCAACAACAAGUGGCGUAUUGCCUUCAUCAACAAGAAUUAUGAUCUGUGUGACACAUACCCAACCGUGCUGACUGUGCCUUGUAAAUGUAAAGAUGAAGACCUCAGGAGAGUGGCUUCCUUCAGGUCCAGAUCACGGAUACCAGUUCUGUCAUGGAUCCACCGGGAGAACCAGGCAGUGAUUGUUCGCUGCAGCCAGCCUCUGGUGGGAAUGUCUGGUAAAAGGAACAAAGAUGACGAACGCUACCUGGAGCUGAUCAGGGAGGCAAAUGACACCACUAAGAAGCUCACCAUCUACGACGCUCGGCCCAGUGUCAACGCUGUGGCCAACAAGGCCACUGGAGGGGGCUACGAGGGGGACGAGUACCAGAAUGCAGAGCUGAUAUUCCUGGACAUCCAGAAUAUCCAUGUCAUGAGGGAGUCCCUAAAGAAACUCAAAGACAUUGUCUACCCUACUGUCGAGGAAUCUCAUUGGCUGUCCAGCCUAGAGUCCACACACUGGUUGGAACACAUCAAACUGGUGUUGUCAGGCGCCAUCCAAGUAGCAGACAAGGUAUCUAGUGGUAACUCUGUGGUGGUUCACUGUAGUGACGGCUGGGACCGAACAGCUCAGCUCACCUCCCUGGCCAUGCUGAUGCUGGACAGUCAUUACCGGACUCUCCGAGGAUUCGAGGUGCUGAUUGAAAAGGAAUGGAUUAGCUUUGGUCACAAAUUUGCUUCGAGGAUAGGUCACGGUGAUAAGAACCAUGCUGACCAGGACAGAUCACCGAUCUUUCUUCAGUUUAUCGACUGUGUGUGGCAGAUGACUAAACAGUUUCCUACAGCCUUUGAGUUCAAUGAGAACCUCCUGCUGACGAUCCUGGAUCAUCUCUACAGCUGUCGCUUUGGAACUUUCCUCUUCAACUGUGAGAGUGCUCGAGACCAGCACGAGGUGAGGUUGAAGACCGUGUCUCUGUGGUCUCUGGUCAACAGUAGGAUGGACAUUUAUUUAAACCCCUUCUACACCCCAGACUCUGGGCAAGUUCUCUACCCUGUUGCUAGCAUGCGGCACCUGGAGCUGUGGGUGGCCUACUACAUCCGCUGGAACCCUCGUAUCCGACAGCAGCAGCAGAGUCCAGUGGAGCAGCGCUACAAGGAGCUUCUGGCCCUCAGAGACGAGUACCUGAAGAAGCUGGAGCAGCUUCAGCUGUCUGACUCUUCUUCCUACCAUCUUGCUAACAGCAGCACCUCCAAUACCACCUCGUCUUCAGCCUCCACACCAUCACAGCAGUACACACACCUACAAACACCUCUCUGAGAGACGACAUCUAACUGCACACCUAUACACUCUGCUCUGAGGGACAAUAUCCACAGAAACAGAAAUCACAUUGUGUUAACUUGCACUGUUUACAUCUAAUCCCACACACACACACACACACACACACACACAGGGACUUGAUUUGUAUUGUAAAGUCCUACCUUUAAAUAACAGACGUUUAAUAUUUUGGUUUGUAACUAAUUGCGUUUAGUAAAAAUGUUGACUUAUGCAAUCUGUCACGUCACAGCCUUGUGUCAGGUUUUAGCACACAGAAUCAUCACACAGCAAGGCCUUAAACAUGUCCAGUGCUCCGCUCUCCGUGUAAGGGCUUUAGAAAGAGCUGUGAGCUCUCCGCACAUCCUACUGUGAUCAAUACUUUCAUCAAUGUUCAUGAAACCACAUCACCACAAACUCAGGUUAGGGAGCAUCUGCCUGCGUUUAGCUUCAUUCUGCUGUAUGAUGGACACCCAGAAAUCCACUUAGGAUCCUAUUUGGGAAACUAACAAACCAAUCUGGAUGGUAAAAGUCAGGCACGACAAGUAUGGGAGCCAAAAGUAAAAGUCUGUAGUUUUAUGUCACAACUGAACGCCAAACCCAAGGAUUAACCACUUUAAUGUGGUUUAGAGGGUUUGUGCCACCUGCACCUCUCUGAGUGAAUAGUAGUCAUCUUAUUAACUCAGAGCUAUCUCUGUCUCUCCUCAGUUCUGUUAUUCUACUUUUUCUCUCAAGCCUUAAAGAUUCGGCUGCAUCAUAGGAACAUGGUUAUUGUGUGCUGUCAUUGUUGGGGGAAACGUUCCCCAGGUUCUGUUAUCUCUGGAGCACCUUGGUCGCGAUGAUUCUGGCACAAAGGAGCGUUUUUGGUUAAAAACCAAAUCUUUCUGACUUACUUUGGCCUUUGCUCCAGGAGUUUUCAUGAGAAAAUGAAAGUAAGUAAAAAAAAUUAAUUAUUGUAAAUAAAGAAAUUCUUAUUUGGUGGUUUUUAAAAAUGGGCUGAAAUCUGAUAAUCUGUAGCCGUGUGUACAGAAGGAAAGCAGCACCUGGGUGGCUAAACACACCUGGUGCGAUGAUGAAAUGUGACCUUAACUCUAAUUGGUAAAAUAACACAGAUGGCAGACAGACACGUCUGGUUCUGUAGAUGAUUUGGUGGUGUGGGAUGGCCUCUAGUAUUUAGGGUUUUCGCCGGACAGAUCCAGGAUGGAUUAAAUCAGCACAGUUAUCUUACAGAAGUGGGAAAACUCCCAUGAAUCUCCGAACAUGUGCCUUGUGGUUUGGGACUGGUUCUCGUGUUUUAGCCUGGCUGAAUUUUUACAACAAGUUCAACAAUUCUUUGUUUGAUAGUUCCCGUUCAGCCGUGAUCCCAUACACUGACUUUUGGACUUUAGUUGGUUCCAGGUGGACCUGUGAGUGAGGGCUACACACAUUUUUAUCAUCUGGAGCAACAAGCAGGCGACAUCUGAUUAAAGCCAACUAGAAGUAAGGUGUAGUAACAUUACUUGUCCAUAAGGGGAGCUUCAUGUUGGUGGGAAUUUAAACUACCAGUCUGGACACAACAUGGUCCUUACCAGCUUCAGUUAAGAGAUGAAGAGCAGUAAUUGGUCCACCAGUUGGUACCUCUGGUGCUAGGUUGGGUCUGGAUGUCCUGAUACAACACACACACACACACACACCAAGCUGCUAUUGACCCACAGGUGUAUCAGCAGUGACCCACUCACUUCCUGUCUGCUGACCAGCAGGAAGACAAAAACCCAUAACAUGUUUAAAACUUCUCUGUGUUUCAAAAUCUCAAGCUUCUGACUCUUUUCUGUUUAAAAUGUGAGUUCAGAUUGAAAAGUGUAGUUUGGUUCUGGGUUCAGACGGAGAAGCUAAUGGACAGACAAACCCACGUCACCUUCCUGAGUGUCUGUGAGAAUGGGGUGGGAGCGUUUUAUAAUUGUACGAGCACACGGUGCGGUUACCUCAGUCUAAAACUGUUUCACUGUCUACAGUUAUUUAUGUGGGGGAGAUCUUUUAAAAGCAGGUUCUGAGGCUCUUGAUUUCGGUUUCUGCUCCGAGUUCUGCUUUGUACCCGAGGGCAUUUUGUAUUUUGUAUUUGUCCUUGCUAACCCAGGAGGAACAGACAGAAGUGUAGAUAGUUUUUAGAUUAUUCCUGCCGUUUCUCAGUGGAACUUCAACUUGGACAUGAGCUCUGGUUCCGUAGUGUUGAUUUGGACGAUAUAUCUGUCUUUACUCAUUUCAGUUUGACAUUACUGUAAUCUAGAGGGUGUCGUUCAUAACCUGCUUUGUAAUAAAUACGUAUGAAAAAUGCAGGAGCUGUGGGGAAAAGGGUGAAAGCAGAGAAACAUUUCAAAUGUAUUUUUUUCCAAUUUAUAUCCUGUUUUUCUGAAUGGCCCUUUUAUGUAAAUAUAUCUUAAUAAAUUAAACUUUUCUGACAGACUA